GAUUAACUCACACCAAUUCGAUAAAGGCAGGUAUAAUAUUCAAGGUUAUCAUAGGUGAAAAUAGGCACAUUAUGAACACUGGUACAACCAUAUGAAAGCUGAUUAGUUGAGAAAAAUGUAUAGCUCUGAUAAGUGAAUGUUUUCGAACUUUUUUCUAGAUUUUCCCAGGUGAGAUUUUUUUGGUAACAGAAUUUGAAUAUGCUGGGCAAAAUAGACCUAUUGUUAUUUUUCGUAAUAAGUUUGGUACAGUUUGUAGUCGUUUAUUCGGAAUGGUCUUCAUACGAUUUAGAUGUUCAGCGACGGAUUCAAACUGACGCUUCAAAUUCCCUGAACAAACGUCGCGAUUUUUUAUGGGAAGCAACUCUACCGAAUGAAAACAUCCAGUUUAUUCCUCUAUCUAUGGAAGUAUCCGUGUGUAUAAGUGUACUGAAAAAUUUGUACUAUGAAAAAGUCGCAACUCCUAUUCAUCCCAAAGAGAAGUAAGAAUCACAUUUCACUGAAUUUAGGUAUGUAAAAUCACCAUCUACCAACCUAUAGUGUAUUCUUUUCACAAAAUUGUUUAAUGAUUCAUGGAACUUGUCUGCUCUUUAACGAUUAUUACGGAUAUAUGGAAAAAAUCAACUGAUGUGAAGCUCAGAGUAAACAAUGCGAUAUUUUAUGAACAAAAAAAUACAUCUCAGGAGUUCCUGGAUGAUGUAAAAACAUAUUUUCACGCCGAGCUGUACAACGUGUCCUUUGAUCCUGCAAAAAAAGAAAUACUUCUGCCUUCUAUUCAAGAAUGGAUUGCUAAAUACACAACGGCACGAGGUUAUAAUUUGAUUGAUCUGGUCAGAGAUGCAAACGGUUACAUGCAAUUCAGCAUGUUGACUUUUACAGCUUGCUGGGAUAAGCUGAAGACUUUUGCAAAUCCAGCCAACACGUUAUACUUCAAAACCACUUAUAAUACAGUGAUCAAAGUCCAAACAUUCAACUCGAAAGAAACAGUCGGUUACUACAAUAAUUCCGAAUUGAAAUACGAAGCUAUCCGAUUACCUUUCAAGAACAACGAAUUCGUCAUGAUCAUUCUGUUACCUUACCCAGAUCAACCAUUACGAUCAAUCAGUAAAUUCUCAAUCCCUCAAUACCUUCAAUUAUUCGGAAAUGUCAGCACGAAUAACGAAAACAUCGAUUACGCCAUUCCGGUUAUGAUGAAUUCACCUGUGUUUUCUUUGAACGAAAACGGUACCAGUAUAAAUGGAGAUGCUAUCGUCUGUGAUUCCUUUUUAACUCAGAAGACUUUGAACGAGAAUAAAAUCGACUACAAACCGUUUUAUGUCGAUAGGCCAUUCGGUUUACUUAUUUACGACGAAAAAAUGCGCUACGUUUUGGUGCAUACGUGGGUGAAAAAUCCUAUUACGAGCUUUUCGAAUCCUGAUUCUCAUAUGCAAUGGAAUUUAGCUAUUAUGAAUGACUAAGUUGUUACGUUGUGGCGUUCAACGUCAAAUUUUUCAAACUCAUCUAUUCUCAUUGUUGACAAUG